ACGGUGGGCAUUCGGUGCAAUACUACUGGCUGGUCACUUUCACUUUAGCCCCCGACAGAUAACGAAUCAUGGCCGCGCAACAACAACGAGCUCUUGUGGCGCCGGUGAAGUGGGCACAGCGCAAGGACUCCCUGUACUUGACGGUCGAUCUCGCGGACGUGACGGACGAAAAGGUCGAGUUGACGAACACUACCCUGAAAUUCACCGGCACGAGCAACCAAACCAAGUACGAAGUGAACUUGGAAUUCCUGCACGAAGUGGACACAGAAGCGGCCGAAAGCAAGUGGGCGAAGGCCGACCGCAACAUCCAUUUCUACAUUUUGAAAAAGGACAAGGAUGCCGACUUUUGGCCGCACUUGCUCAAGGACAAGCACUUGGAAAAAACCAAUGUCAAGGUGGACUGGAACAAAUACGUUGACGAGGACGAAGAAGGCGAAGACAGUGGCUUUGACAUGAACGCCCUGAGCGGCGGAGGAGGAUUUGACAUCAACCAAAUGAUGGCCCAGCAAGGCGCGAACCUUCCCGAUGAAGAAGACAGCGACGACGAGGACUUGCCCGACUUGGAAGAAUAGACUUACGCUGUUAAUACUAGUGACCAUACAUCCAAAGAAACAUUCAAACAUCACGUCUUACGAUUGGAUUCUAUAUCUCUUCGAUGGGCGAUGAAGGAGAGUGCGAUGUUUCGAACGACAACAUCGUCAUGCUCGGCGCAUAUGUCGAUACGUCCGAUAACUUGCUCGUUGUCUUGCAACGCUGCGGCGGGAAGAAUAUCAGAAGGGGCAUCAAGAAGAAAGUACAUCGUAGACAGCGCGGCUGCGCACGUGACUGGGUCUGGCGCAUGUGUGGCUUGCAGAAUAAGGGGAAUCGCAUCGUUGUCUGCAAGGAUCUUCUGAAAGCGCGGGUCUGGAGCAACAUUGCAUAUAGCUUGCAUGGCGAGUCGGGCGAUAGUGAUCGCAUGGUGCCGUUGAGUUGAUGAUGCUCUGGCCGUCGGGGGUUGCAGCUGCGCGGCAACAGGAAGUACCUCGUCCACAAAGUCCACAAACAUAUCGACCAAGUUCAGUCGGAGGAAGAACGUGUAGUUGAUGGGGUCGUAGCUGAAGUUCGCCAGAUGCGCAAGGCACUGCUCCUUCGCCUUGGCGGGAGUCGAUGGGUUCGUGCAUUCCACCAUGAGCUGCUCGAGGUAGCCUUCCCGCGAUAGCGCAUCGCCCUUGGAGCUUUGUCGAGCGAUCAACCUUGCAUGGGAAGAUAGCAUCGCGCAAAAAAUGGCUUUAUUGUUGGGAUUAUUUUGACCUCGUUGAAUAUGAAACGAGGACAUUUUGGUCAGAA